CAGAUGAAAGCCGAAGACGGCGUCAUCCUGCACGGUACCGCUCGCCCCCAUCGUCUAACGGUGCCGUAUACGUCUUCGUGGUCGUUUGCUGACAAGUACCAGAGUCACCCAAGUUCGAUCUCGAGAGUUACAUUCAGAACUAUGAAGGUGCAGCUAUAUCUCGCCCCAUCGAAUCUCUACACUAGCCGCCGAGUUGACGUACUGACGCCUCACCUCGCAGGCCGAACCCGCUUCGACCGACUGAUACACAUUGGAAAGUGCUGCGUACCGCUGUGCGUCGAGGCUCUCAAGUUGGCCGUGCAGGAGGCCAAGAAAGGAGACGAUGUGGGGAGAUACAAGAACGCAUGGCAGCUUCUCCGGUUGGCGGCUCCGAAUGAAGAUGAGGCCAACUUCGACGACGACUGGGUCACGAACAAGGAAGACGCCAAUCGGAGGGAGAUGGCUCGCCUCGAGUCCGAGUUGAAGGGAUACAAGAACAAUCUCAUCAAGGAGAGCAUCAGGAUGGGACACGAGGACUUGGGUCACCACCUCGAGGAGACGGGCCACCUCAAGGAGGCGGCCGAAGCCUACAGCCGUAUGCGCCACGAUGUGAGCACGACCAAGCACAUCAUGGACUGCUCGCAGCGCCUGAUCAGCGUGGCCCUCCAGCGACGCGACUGGUCCUCAGUCCUGAGCAACGCCGGCAAGAUUAGCGGCAUCCAGGGUGUCGAGGAGGAAAGGGGCAUGCAACCCUACACGCGCAUCGUCCAUGGCAUCGGCCAGCUCGGCAUGGCCAAGUUCCACGAUGCGGCCCAGAGCCUGCUCAGCGCCGACCCGAAAGUACCCUCGGACACAUACAACGACAUUGCCACCCCCAACGACGUAGCCGUCUAUGGCGGCCUGCUCGCCCUCGCGACAAUGGACAGGGCUCGGCUGCAGACCAGCGUCCUCGACAACCAGUCCUUCCGCACAUUUCUCGAGCACGAGCCCCAUAUCCGCAAGGCCAUCAGCCACUUCAUCAACGGCCGCUAUUCGAGCUGCCUGGCUCUGCUUGCCUCGUACGAGACAGACUACCUCCUCGACAUUUACCUCCAGAGGCACGUUGCAGACAUCCUCGGCCUCAUUCGCAGGAAGUGCAUCGUCCAGUCCUUUGUCCCCUUCUCAUGUGUCACCAUAGAGAGUCUCGAUGCGGCUUUCGGCAAUGACGUCCAGUCGGUCGAGCCCGAACUCGUCCGCAUGAUUCGCGAUGGGGAGUUGAAUGCCAAGAUCGACUCCAAAGCCAAGACCCUCGUCGCUGUACGGUCGGAUGCUCGCCUGGAGAUGCAGCAGACUGUCCUCGACGUAGCACACAGGUAUGAGCAAGAGGCCAAAGAACGUCUCCGCAGAAUCAACCUUGUAGCCGCCGGACUGGAGGUCAGCAAUCCCAGGAACGCCGGCGCAGAGGGAACCUGGUACGGUGAUGACGGACCCAUCGAUCUCGUCGAGGGCGCCCAGGGCUAG